AUAAAAAAAAGAUCCUCGCAGUCCAUGGAUUUAUGACCGCGAUGAGAUGGAGCAAUUUACAGAUGCUUUUAGCGAGUGCGUUUAUUACGAAGACUCGGCUUGUAUUUCUUAAUUAUAACCACUGAGCUUUGCUGAAAGAACGGAGGACAUAGAAGGUCAUUUUCAGCAUGCCACCCUACUACUGCGUCUUACUGAUGAAAGGGGAGCAAGAGAUAUUAUUAUGAACAACGCAGCUGGUACCGUAUAAGGCUAAGCCAGCACGAUUGGACUACCCUCCGCUGUUAGGCAAGUGUAAACGUUCCAGUUGGACAUUGGUGAAAACGGAUUGGAUCCGGGAUUGUACAGUGGAUGUAAACCGUGUUUAAACACGCAAUGGAUAAUAUGCUCAGCGGUGUAGCGAAUUCACAUUAUCGCGGUAGUAACACGGGACGAGCGGAGAUAUGAAAUUGUACUGAUGCACAUGAAGAUGAUGGUGCGACCACACGCCCAAUGAGCUCAACCUCAUCGUUUAUGUCCGUUACUCAUCCCAACGACGAGAAUCUCCUUGGGGCCGAAUGCAUUAAACAUGAUUCAUUGCGUCAGUGUAGGGGCUGUGCAGGUCUCGUUCCCAUCUAACCCUUGAUUGUCUAUAAUAAUAAUUAGACAGUGAAAGUGCCUGUGGUGAUUCUUCAAAUAAGACGCGUUUGUUUCUCAACCCGUUUUUUAUGCAGCGAGGAAAACAAAUGAAGCACAUUUCGUUUUGGGCGGUAAUGCCAUGACCUCGACCUCAUCAACCGCUGGUGAACAUUAUGAACGUAUGUUUUAUACAUCUGCUCAUAAUAUAAAUACACACUGUAAAAACUUAGGUGUGCAUGGUUAAGGCAGUAGACUGUAUAGGACCUUUACCACCGGUGUGGGUUUGGGUGCCCUGACCGAUGAGUAGCUGCGACUAAGGGGUUUUGAAUGAACCGUACCCCGUCCGGACGGUGCAGUAGACCCCGGAGUGGUGGUCAUUCUGCUUUGGCGGUGCCGCACGGAGGGGCCAAGGUCCACCACCAACAGCGCUGCGGGAGCUCGACUGGCUACGCCGGAGAAUUCGUCUCAACACCCGAGGACAGUUACGACGAGGCUACGCUAAGAGCAUGUGUGGAUGAGUGUGAAAAGCUUGUGCGUGACUUCAACACGAGAGUUGCUCAAUACCGUGAGAAAUUGAUUGGAAUCGCAGAUGUAUGUGACUGCGUUCAUUUCCGGGAGGACAUACGGCGCAAGCGCAGAAAGGGCCUGGAUGCCGCCAAGAUCGCCAAGUUUAAACUCUUUCCACACAUGCGAGGGUUGGUAUGACGUCAUUAUGAUCUAUAUGUAAAUUUUUAGCUUUGUAUUGUAUUACACAAUUGCUGGCAGUGUAAGCACUUUAUGUUAUCCACCACGGAACAUAAACUAACAAAAAUAUAGAAGUUUGAGAUCGAUCGGCCAUCUGGGUCACGAGAAGUGAAAAACUAAUUCUCCUUUGGUGUCCCCAUGUCAGUCAUAUAGAACAACACCUUAAAUUAGGACCCCACAAAGCAUCCGAUAUUUAUAAAAUUCAAACACAGCUCAUGUUAAAACUGUAUAUUUCACGUUCCCUUUGUUGAGGUAUCCUGGCGGUGUUAUAAGCACAUUGCGCACCAGGGCCCAAUUUCAUAGAGCUGCUGAGCACAAAAA